AUGAGAGAUUUUCAGCGCUGGGUCGCAGCACUACGUCUGUGCUCCCGUCGCCACCUGAAUCGCAAGGUGAAAGUAACACCAGCGUGUGUUACCGUUCUCAGCCCGUGGUCGGUGCGCACGGUUCUGACAGCGGGCGUCCCGCUGGGGGCGGUGUCGUCCAGGAGGAGCAGAUCUUAUGUCCAGAGGAAACCCCCUGUACGGAGAAUGGACUCUUCAUCCACAGGUUGUCGGACAAAUAUGGCGGAGAUACGGCUUGGCAGCCGUAGAUCACUUCGCCUCGCUGGAAAACACUCAGUGCCCGUUGUUUUUCUCCCUGUCAGACGUAAGGGCUCCUCUAGGGGUAGAUGCGCUGGCCCAUCCGUGGCCAAACGUGCUGCUAUAUGCCUUCCCCCCUCUCAGCCUGAUCUUCCCCACCCUAGCCAGGGUGAGAGAACAGAGUCUGCCGCUAAUCCUGAUAGCGCCGCGGUGGCCAUCCAAACAUUGGGUGGCGGAAAUAGUGCAACUCCUGGCGGACGACCCAUGGCCCCUUCCCCUGCGCAGGGAUCUCCUCUCCCAAGCGGGCGGGGAGAUUUACCAUCUGCACCCGGACCGCGUAGCGCUCUGGGCUUGGCCCGUGAGAUGUGGAACUUGAAUGCGGCAGGCCUGCCUGCACAGGUCGUUGACACCAUUCAGAAUGCAAGGGCCCUUUCCACUCGCCGGCUCUACAGUGGCAAGUGGCGGGUUUUUGAGGACUGGUGCGACUCGAGGCACGCCAUUCCAUAUCAGUGUUCCGUGGUGGACCUACUGUGUUUCCUACAGGGAUUAUUGGAAAAGGGUAAGGCCUUUUCCACGAUUAAAGUGUACUUGGCGGCCAUCUCAGCUUGUCAUGUUGGCUUUGGGGAUAAGCCUGCAGGGCAGCAUCCCUUGGUUUGUCGCUUCAUGAAGGGGGCGCGUCGCAAGCUCCCAGUUUCCAGGCCCCUGGUCCCUUUGUGGGAUUUAUCGGUGGUGCUGGAUGCCCUGUCUCAUCACCCUUUUGAGCCGUUGGAGACGGUGGGGAUGAAGUUUGUGUCGCUGAAGGUGGUGUUGCUCUUAGCUUUAACCACAGCUAAGCGUGUGAGUGAUUUACAGGCAUUGUCUAUCCGUCCUUCAUGCUUGCAGUUUGCUCCGGGGAUCUCCAAGGUCUGUCUACGGCCCAAUCCGGCUUUUGUGCCUAAGGUGGUUGAGUCGACCUAUAGGUGUCUCACGGUGGAACUGUCGGCGUUUCACCCGCCUCCGUUCUCCUCUGCGGAGGAGCAGAGACUCAAUACAUUAUGCCCGGUACGGGCCCUACAUCUAUAUGUGAGUCGGUCAGCUGCCUUUCGGAAAGGGGAUCAGCUGUUCGUGUCCUGGGCCACUCCCCAUAUAGGCAAGCCUUUGUCCCGCCAGAGGCUAUCCCACUGGAUUGUGGAGGCUAUAUCUCUUGCUUAUGAGAGUAUGGGCUUGCAGCCCCCCCAUGGCUUGAGGGCCCACUCCACAAGGGGUAUGGCUACUUCAUGGGCCUUAUUCAGGGGAGUGUCGGUGCAUGACAUUUGUGCUGCGGCGAGCUGGGCUACGCCUCACACCUUUGUUAGGUUUUAUAGGCUGGAUGUCUCAGGGCCUUCUGUUUCUCAAGCCGUGCUGGAGACGAUCUCACCAGACUCAAAGUGA